UAGAGAUAGAUACAUAUUACAUACACACACAAACAGAGCAAAUAUAUACUAUUACUUCUAGAGAGAGAAACCUAUAGAUUUAGUUAGAGAGAGAUAGAGAGAAACUUGGAGUGGACGGUGGCGGAGAGUUACGUGUAGUGUUUCCGAUUCCUUCUCCACGACGGCGUCGGCGUUGCGGUGAUUGUUUAGAGAGAGAGAGAGAGAGAAAGUGUGGUAUUAUAGAGAGAGAAAGGGUUAGGGUUAUGAUUUAUUGAAACAUAAUGAAUGUGAUGCGUCGUCUUAAAAGUAUUGCUUCUGGUCGAUCUUCUGUUUCAGAUCCUGGGGGAGAUUCUAGCAUAAAGAGGGUAAAAGUUGAGCAAGUGGUAGAAGAAACACAUGACAUUAGUGAACUGCAAUCAGUAGAGAAGAGUACACAGGGUGUUGUAGAGCAGACUGUGGAUGUUGAGUCUACAGAUAUGGUUGCGAGUACAUCGAACGCAUCUAGUAAUGUUCAGACUGAAAAGUCUGACCUUGAUGAGCUUCCGAAAGAAAUGCAUGACAUGAAGAUUAAGGAGGAUAAAUCUGAAGACAAGGAAAUUGAGGCUACUGUUGUUAAUGGUAAUGGAACUGAGAAAGGUCAGAUCAUAGUGACGUCUGUGGGUGGUAGAAAUGGACAACCAAAACAAACUUUGUCUUACAUGGCGGAGCGUGUGGUUGGUACUGGCUCUUUUGGUGUUGUUUUCGAGGCCAAAUGCCUUGAAACUGGGGAGUCUGUAGCUAUAAAGAAGGUGCUACAGGAUAAGAGAUAUAAGAACAGAGAACUUCAAAUUAUGCGUUUACUUGAUCAUCCAAAUGUUGUUCCUUUGAAAAAUUGUUUUUAUUCAACAACUGAAAAGAAUGAAGUAUACCUCAACGUUGUGUUAGAAUAUGUACCUGAAACAGUGUAUCGGGUAUCUAGGCAUUACAGCAGGAUGACUCAGCACAUACCUCUUAUAUAUGUACAAUUGUACACAUAUCAGAUCUGUCGAGCACUUAACUACAUCCACAGUGUGAUUGGUGUAUGUCAUCGUGAUAUUAAGCCUCAGAAUCUAUUGGUUAAUCCGCACACUCAUCAGCUGAAACUAUGUGAUUUUGGAAGUGCAAAGAUGUUGGUGCCUGGGGAACCAAACAUUUCAUACAUAUGUUCAAGAUAUUAUAGGGCCCCUGAAUUGAUCUUUGGAGCGAAUGAAUACACCAAUGCGAUAGAUAUGUGGUCUGCUGGCUGUGUUAUGGCCGAGUUACUACUGGGACACCCUCUUUUUCCUGGCGAAAGUGGUGUUGAUCAGUUAGUAGAGAUUAUUAAGAUUUUGGGCACACCAACAAGAGAGGAGAUCAAAUGUAUGAAUCCCCAUUACACAGAAUUUAAGUUUCCACAGAUCAAAGCUCAUCCAUGGCAUAAGCUUUUUCAAAAGCGAAUGCCACCUGAAGCAGUUGAUCUUGUCUCACGCCUACUCCAGUAUUCACCAAAACUACGAUGUAGCGCUCUAGAGGCAUGUGCUCACCCUUUCUUUGACGAUUUGAGGGAGCCAAACACAACCUUGCCAAAUGGAAAACCCCUUCCACCCCUAUUUAAUUUCACGCCACAAGAGCUUCAUCAUGCAUCUCCGGAAUUGCUCCAACGCCUUGUACCCAAACAUCUUGAAAAAUAAAUUAUGUGAAAGAAAGUUUUUACGCGAAGGAAUUCCAGAUGCAUCAUAUUUGCUGCUGGGCGGUGACCCCUUGAGCUCAUUUCAACUAAUGGACGGUUGCAGAUGGCGAAGAUCAAGUUAAUUUAAAUAUAAAUCGUAGUGUAUUUGGUAGUCGCUAUACAUAUGUUGAGGUGUAGGCGUGUAGCCAUAUAGGUGGUAUGUUCUUUUAUGUGAAGUAGAAUAGUUAUCUAUAUCUGUAACAUCCAUCUACUCGACGGAUUGCCUGCAAAUUGGAAGGAUGCAUCAUGCAUCAUUGACAUACUUUUAGUGUAUACUCUUUUUUCUUUUUUUGAUAAUUAUCUGCUAUGGAAUGAGUUUUGUCUCGAUAGCAAUCAGCCUUGUUGUCUGAUUA